AUGAAGGGUGCUCGCGCCAGUGGCAAGAAUGCUCAAGUGCCUAUUAACGCUCCUGCUGCCAAAGACCCUCCUGCCACCGCAGACACAGAAGCUUCUCGAGAAUCGUCACCUGAUGCUCUGAAAGGCGGCCUCAAACAGCAAGAUAUCGACGAUUCGCCACCCUCGAGGUUGAAGCAAAUCCAGCUCGAGGACUUUGAGCGAACAAUGUUGCAUCGCGCCAAGGUGUAUGCUCGACGAACCCAGAAGAACACUCCCGAAGAGGACCUUGUCUACUACGAGCCUACUACUUUCGAGUCGCUUGGUCCCUGGAUUGCCUUGAGGGCAGUCUUCAACUACACAAGUAACACUCUGCAGCGCAUUUGGCCACCGUCCAAAGACUGGCUGAGCCUGACCUUCUGGAUUUACAACAUCACCCUGAUCAUUGUUGCUGUGCUCUUCACGUGUUUGCAAAUGGCGUUCUGGUUUUGGGAAGCUGUCCUUCCUCAGGCAUGGAUCAAGGGCAUCACUGACUAUGCUAAUGAUACCAUUGUCAUUCAGCGCUUGUUCAACAAUAUGACCAAAAUCAACGCUGCCUCUGCAAAAGCCCUUUCUCAGCCUGCGCAAGACAAGACCUUCAAUCCGGCUGUUGCCGAGUUCUUACUCAACAUGGCGUCUGCAGUUUACGUCCGAGACCCAUUCAUUUACACUCAAGCUGAACAGUACUAUCAAGAGGCAUUCUUCCUCGAUGGUUGCAAAAUCUCGUCUUUCCGCUCGCUCUCCACCGCCGACAACUUUACGCGCAAGAAACUAAGCGCCUACUUCCGUGAGAGUGUCGCACCCAUCGUCAAGUUGACAGACCAGCUCAAUGUCUCCUACCACCUUAUCUCUGAGCUUGAGACUGGAUUCGGUGGUCCUUACGCAUCUUUGAUGGCAAGCAAAUCGGCAGAGAACCCAUUCAUUGUUGUUGUCUUCAAAGGGACCUCUCCUCUGAGUCUGGAUGAGUGGCUCAUCGACUUCAACUAUGCACAAGUUUCUGGAGGCAAAUUUUUCCGAGGCGACUGUCACCAAGGCUUCUUUACAUGUCUCUUUCCCGACAAGCAGGAUUCCUGCGAGCGCUCUGAGGACCGUCUCAAUUACUAUCCGUACCAGACACUCGUUGAAGCCAUCAACCUGAAAGCUGACAAGAUGGCUGCUGCCUUCAACGUCGAGAAAAUUCCUGUUUGGGUUGCUGGCCAUAGUCUCGGUGCAGGCGUCGCAACACUCUUUUACGGCUGGCUGCUCAACAAUACCAACACACUCUCCAAAACCACCACCUUGUGUGAUGCCUAUACAUACGGCAAUCCUGCUACAGGCAACCAAGAGUAUGCACGCGGCUACUUUGCCACGUUUGCAAAGCAUGAGGGAAAAAUGCUCUGGCGCAUGAUUUGCGACUCGGACAUGGUCUCGCGCGUUCCACUCAACAAGGAUACCGCAGGUACGGGUGGCGUGGGCGAACCAUCACUCACUGGCGUACGUGAGAACUCUUACCUCAACUAUGCAGCUCCGGGCAAUGGUAUUCGCAUCUUCUCUGACCGUGCACCACUCCUCAAGGGUUCGUUUGAGAUUGCUGAAGCUGCAGACAAGGCUGUUCAUGGAUCAGAGGCACAGUUGGGCACAUCAUUGGCACUUGCUGAUUUGGCACGAUGGAUACCUGGUGCCAAGUUUCUUGUGGAUCAUGCACCGACGCGCUAUGCCGAGUGUCUCCGAUUCUCACGCGGCAAGUAUCAGAUCCCUCCACACUGA